CAGCUGCCACUUGCGGUAGUGACGAUGAUGAUGAUGCUGGCGUGCAGAGGAGGACCAAUGACAGCGCAGGAUGCUGCGGGAGGCUGCUCGGCUGAAUGGAGGCGACGGGAUGCCGUCCGUUUAGCAGCACAAGAGAGGAAUUAACAACGAAGGAGGCGCCUCCCAGUUGUUUCCUCCGAGUUUGACGUGCUCCACUUACCAAGGCAGUAAAUAAAGUCACCCAUGUGCGGUUCAGCGAGCCUGUGCAGUAUCAUCGCAGCGUGCCCCCGUUAAGGACCCCUCUGGUGGCCACGCGGCCGACUCACGGGACAUGUACAGCAGUGCCAGAGCUGUUGGUCACUUAGAGAGCAGCCCCCCACGCUCCUCGCGCCUGCCUCGGUCCCCCAGACUGGGCCAUCGGAGGGCCAACAGCGGGGGUGGGAGCGGCGCGGGGGGCAAGACGCUCUCCAUGGAGAACAUCCAGUCUCUAAACGCUGCCUACGCCACUUCAGGGCCCAUGUACCUGAGCGACCACGAGGGCGUGGGCUCCACGGCCACAUACCCGAAAGGCACCACGACUCUGGGUCGGGCCACCAGCCGGGCCAUGUACGGGGGCCGCGUCACAGCCAUGGGCAGUAGUCCCAACAUCGCUUCGGUGGGACUGCCCCAUGCUGACCUUCUGUCUUACAGUGACCUGGGCUCCAUCUCCAUGCUGCAUGCCCACCACCACCACCACCACCAGGGGGUGCCCUCUGCCCUGUUGAGGCAGGCGGUGCGGAGCAGUGGGGGGGAACUGCUGGAGAUGCAGGCCCAGUUCAGGGAUAUGCAGAGGGAGAAUGAGAUGCUGCGCAGGGAGCUGGACCUGAAGGACAGUAAGCUGGGCUCUUCUACCAACAGCAUCAAGAGCUUCUGGAGCCCCGAGCUGAAGAAGGAGCGCAUCAUGAGGAAGGAGGAGGUGGCACGCACGUCUAUCCUGAAAGAGCAGAUGAGAGUCACGCAUGAGGAGAACCAGCUGCUGGAUGCCAGGAGAACAAAGCAUCUCCAGAUGACCAUCCAGGCUCUUCAGGACGAGCUGCGCACACAACGCGACCUCAACCACUUGCUGCAGCAGGAGAGCGGCAACCGCUCCGGCGCCGAGCACUUCACCACCAUCGAGCUGACCGAGGAAAACUUCCGUCGACUGCAGGCCGAGCACGACCGGCAGGCCAAGGAGCUCUUCCUGUUGAGGAAAACUCUGGAGGAGAUGGAGCUGAGGAUUGAGACACAGAAGCAGACACUGGGAGCCAGAGAUGAGUCCAUUAAGAAGCUGCUGGAGAUGUUGCAGAGUAAAGGGCUGCCCUCGGGGCCAGGCAGGAUGUCUGAGGAGGAGGAGCAGGAGAGGAACAGACGAAUUGCUGAGGCUGAGGCCCAGCUCGGACACUUGGAGGUCAUUCUAGACCAGAAGGAGAAGGAAAACAUCCAUCUGCGAGAGGAGCUGCACCGGAGAAAUCAGCUGCACCAGGAUCCAAGCAAAACUAAGGCCCUGCAAACCAUCAUUGAGAUGAAGGACACCAAAAUUGCCUCCCUGGAGCGCAACAUUCGAGACCUGGAGGAUGAGAUCCAAAUGUUGAAGGCAAACGGCUUGCUGAACACGGAGGACCGUGAGGAGGAGAUCAAGCAGAUGGAGGUCUACAAGAACCACACCAAGUUUAUGAAGACCAAGAUUGACCAACUCAAGCAGGAGUUGUCCAAGAAGGAGUCCGAGCUGUUGGCUCUUCAGACAAAGUUGGAGACCCUGAACAACCAGAACUCGGACUGCAAACAGCACAUAGAGGUGCUCAAAGAGUCUCUCACUGCCAAAGAGCAACGUGCGGCCAUCUUGCAAACAGAGGUGGAUGCUCUCCGUCUGCGUUUGGAGGAAAAAGAGUCCUUCCUCAGCAAGAAAACCAAACAGCUGCAGGACUUGACUGAAGAGAAAGGCACUCUUGCUGGAGAAAUCAGGGACAUGAAGGACAUGCUAGAGGUCAAAGAAAGGAAAAUCAAUGUCCUACAGAAGAAGAUUGAAAACCUGCAGGAGCAACUGCGGGACAAAGACAAGCAGCUAAGCAACCUGAAGGACCGGGUCAAGUCUUUGCAGACCGACUCCACCAACACCGACACUGCCCUGGCCACCCUGGAGGAGGCGCUGUCAGAGAAGGAGAGAAUCAUAGAGCGUCUGAAGGAUCAAAGGGAGCGAGAAGACAGAGAACGUGUGGAGGAAGUGGACGCUUACAAGAAGGACAACAAGGAUCUCAAGGAGAAAGUCAACAGCCUGCAGAUAGAAUUAACAGAAAAAGAGUCCAGCCUCAUUGAUCUCAAGGAGCAUGCGUCUUCUCUGGCGUCUUCUGGCCUCAAAAAGGACUCGAAGCUCAAGUCCCUGGAGAUCGCUAUCGAGCAGAAAAAAGAGGAGUGCAGUAAGUUGGAGACGCAAUUACAGAAGCAAGCUGAGCAGCUUUUCAGUCACGUGAACAAUCCUAAGGCCCACGAAGUGGAGCAUCAGUCUAGCUCUAGAGGGAACCCGGAGUACGUGGACCGAGUGAAGCUGCUGGAGAAGGAGGUGGGCUACUACAAGGACGAGGCCAGCAAGGCUCAGAAUGAGGUGGAGAGGCUCCUGGACAUCCUGCGGGAGGUGGAGACUGAGAAGAACGACAAAGAUAAGAAGAUCGCAGAGUUGGAAAGUCCCCCUCACACUGCCCCUCGCCCCAUCCCACGUACUGGUGGCAGAGCCCCAACUGACCCGCUCCCCUCGAUGUCCGCUGCCCCCCAGCAGAUAGGGGGCAUGGUGUGGGACUUCCUAGGAAAACAAGGAGGCAAAGACCCGACCAAGAAAGCCGCGAACAUCAAACUGGGCCUCCAAGGGGACAAGAAAGGCUUGGGACAGGAUGCCCGUAAGGACAGCUCCUUGGAAGGCGGCCACCAUUCCAAGCUGGAGGACUUGAUGAACACACUUGAAAGGACGAGGCAAGAACUGGAUUCCACCAAGCAGCGUCUCUCGUCCACGCAGCAGUCUCUGCAGGAGCGCGACAGCCACCUCACCAACAUGAGGCAAGAACGCAGGAAGCAGCUGGAGGAGAUUCUAGAGAUGAAACAGCAAGCUCUGCUGGCCGCGAUUAGUGAGAAAGAUGCUAAUAUUGCACUGCUGGAACUGUCUGCUUCCAAUAAAAAGAAGACCCAAGAGGAGGUCAUGUCCUUGAAGAGGGAGCGGGACAAACUGAUGCACCAACUUAAGCAGCACACUCAAAGCAGAAUGAAGCUGAUUGCUGACAACUUUGAAGAUGAACAAUAUCAUCCACAUGUUCCACACCACCCUCAGCCUCAGGCCCCGCACCCUCAGCAACAACCUCAGACCCAGUACGCCCACCCUCCCCACGCCCAGCAGGUCCCAUAUGCGCACACCCCUCACAUGCAGCACCCGCAGGCCACCCCGCAGCACCCUCACCCCCAGCAACCGCAGCUCCAGUACCCUCACGCUCAACAUCCGCAGCACCCACAGCAGCACUCGCAACACCCUCAACCGCCCACCCAGCACUCUCCGCACCCGCGCCCCCCACAGCCCCAACACCCGCACCAACAGCACCUCCAGCAUCCCCCGCAGCAUCCACACGGACAUUCCCCACCGCAGCACCCGCAUCCCCAGCAUCCGCAGCACCCGCACGCCACUCUCCAACAGGGGCCUCACCCUCAGCACCCACAUCCCCAGCACCCUCAGCACCCUCAGCAUCCUCAGCACCCUCAGCACCCUCAGCACCCUCAGCAUCCCCAGCCCCAACACCACGGGCAGCAUCCACGCCAUCCGUCGCCUCAUCAUCGUGGCGCGCCGGGCCGAGGUCCCCCACAUGCUGGUCAUCGCCCUUCCCCGGACCAGGAUGACGAGGAGGGCAUAUGGGCAUAAUCGUUGCUCUGACAACCAAAGUACAAAAAUUCUUUUGAGGGAUGACUCAGCCACUACUGAGGGAGAGCAGCCAGACGAUGAUGUUGAAAUACGAAGAAAUGUAUUACCUUCACUCGGCAAGGAGACCUUAGUUUGUUUUGUUUUUUUUCUUUUUUUUUUUUUUUUUUUUGGAGGAAGUCAGGCAAGUCAGGUGUCGGGAGACUGACAGCAGAAAGGGUGACCUUGGAGCAGACCUUCUCAGCUUCCUGUACAAGAACAGAAAUACUGUACAUUAUAGGCAUGGAGUGGAUAACAAAAAAAAAAAAAAAGACCCAACACAUCCUGCCUACUCUUCCUUACACAUUUUUUUCAUUGCACUUGCCAGCUGCUGAACACUAGUCCUCCUCAGGAGAUCGCAUGUCCUGUUCUCCACCUGGUCAAAGCGCCGUAUUCUUCCUUCCUGGCUUCCACCUCGGGAUUGCUUCAAGGUCGUGACCGCCUUUGCUGUCUGCUUCCCCCCAAAGCCUGACGGACUCAUUUGGAUCUGGCUGCCUCCACCAUGUCUUCAUCUUUACUGCCCUGUUGACCCCCCAUGCUGACAUUCCAAUCCAGGUCAUUGCGACUGUGAGCCCUAAAUAUCUGAACUAACACACACAAAAGGACCUCUUUUGUACCUUUUUACUCAUGUCAGCUCGUGUCCAACGUGUGCUGUCCCAAAUGUGAGAAUGGAGAGAGCAUGCCACCGAUGAAGACUUCAAUGCUUUUUGUUGUUCUGUGGCCAUUUUGGACGAGGUGCCUUGAAAUGAACAUGAGGGCCCUCCAGCUUUUUUUGCUUGAGUUUGCCACCAUCUUCAUAUUACCUCAUUUCAAUCCAACAUAGCGAGAAAAAAAAAAAAAUCAAUCUAUGCAGACGUCAGUGUUGCAUGAAAGAAUUUAAUUCACGCUCUGUGUUCAAAGUGUAAUUACUCACCCAAUCAGAGUAGCCAAAAAAAAUAUAUAAGAAUAAAAGAAUCUGCCAGAUUUCGGAAAGAGACUAUGCACCCACACACCUCUUGUUGCAGGAUGUUUUUUUUGGUUUUGUUUUAAACUCAUGGUGCUCCUGCUGCAGGUGAUAUAAAUGGUGUCCGUGGGUCAAGGGAGUCUAUAGCGUCUACUACAGCUGAGUAGGCUCCAUAAAAAUUAGCAGUAGACAAUUUUGUACAUACAUUAUGCCAAUUGAAGAACCCCUAAAGAGUGUCAAGAAUACUUUAAAUCCAAUAAUUAGGAAGAGGUGUCCUGUACUUGGUGCUUUUUUUCUUGAAGUACCAUGCAUCCACCAAUCCACCUGAACCUUCUGAAUCCCUUCCACAAGUUGUCUGCGCCACAUCCCCAAACGUAGUGACCUGUUUCAGUCCCUCUCAACAAGGUGGCCUCCUUUAAAAAAUCGAAAUAAAAAUGUACACAUAUAUUAUAGAUAUGCAUAUAUUAUACAUAGAGAGAAAUAUAUCGAGUGUGUCUAUAUGUGGUUAUAAAUUAGUUUCAAACUGACGAGAUUUAAAAAAGAAAAUGCUGUUUCUUUUUUUUCUAACUGAAUGGUGGGGUUGUGAAGUAUGUUAAGUGUCUUUUGUACAUCUGGAGAAAAAUCCUUAGAGACUAACAUUCCCUGUCUGAAAAUACAGACAUACAGCGCAAAAAAGAAAGAAAGAAAGAAUAACGCUCAUCUAAAUCUUUGUAGAAAAUAAAUGUACAUUCCUUUUUCCAAUAUUACAUUCCUUCCUCCAGCUUAGUCCAGAGGUUUUCAAAGUGUGAGCUAAAGUACUUCAGGGGAUGCGCAGCAGCUUGAGAGAAAUAAAGAAAAACAAUAUAUUUUGAAACCUGCAACGCUAACUUCAGCGAGAAGCAGAAUUGAUUUUUUUUGAUUUUUUUGCAUCUACAGAGCGAGGAGAUUGUGGGAAGCAAUAAACUCAAAAUUGGUUCCAGAAAAUCACUUUGUUAAUGAUGGCAGUCUUGGCAAGAUAUUAAAAUGACUUACAAACUGUACAUAACGAUGUUGAGAUGCCAAAAAUGUAGCACUGCAUAGUGUGCAGUGAUGAAUUACUGGAAUCAUCUAAAAAACAAAUAAUAAUAAUAAUUCCCUGGUUUGAAAUCUCACAAGACCUUGCAAUGAGGUUUUGCCUUGAGACGGCGUUUUUAAAAUAAGGGAGGUUCACUGUUCCACACUUUGAAAACCUCUGCGUUCACACUUAGUUGGCCCGUUGUGACAAAUCAGAGGAAGAAAAAAAAUAAACUUUAGCAACUUCCAUUAAAGCAAUGAUGUGUGCUGCCCGUUUAGAACUUGCACUUGUGAGUGAAGAUAUCACUAUGAACACGUGCGGAGUGACUCUGUCAGGAUCUUCAUUUUCUUUUUCGUGGCUUUUCUUGUGUUGUCGUCCUGUAUACACAAGUGGUGAUAUAUGACACGUUUCAGUUUAGUGGAAACUGAAUUCGACUGUUACUAAACUCCUCCAUUUCGUCGCCCCCCCCCCCCCCCCCCCCCCCCUCUUCCUCACAUGAUGUCUCCUCAGUAUUGGCCAAGUGUUGGUUGGUGAAUAUAUACAUAAAUAUAUAUAAAUAUACGUGUAUUUUUCCAACCUUCCACAACUAAGGCAUCAUCUGCUUUCUACAUGAAGCUUCAAGAAUCUCCAGAUUGUGUUUGUGUUUACAAUUAUCAGCAGUAUGAUCAUGAUAAGGUUUUGUUUUAUAGAGUAAGACAAUACAAACAGACAGAGGAGCAAAAAAUAAUAAUAAUAAUAAUUUCAAAAAUAAAGAAAAAUCCAUCAAUAAAUGAAAUCCUCUCACUUUACCAUCAGGAGGGCUGAGUAUGAAGCCUCCCUUUUCAGGUCCUUAUCCACUGAAUACUUGAAGUAGGGGCUUCUCCUACCAUGAAAUAUAUCAUUUGCAUUUCAAACGUGCCCAUUUGUGCUGAUUUAUUAUUAUUAUUUUAUUGUAUUUUUUUGUUUACAUUAUGUGCUGUUCUCUGUGCAGCCAGAUGCCUCCACAGCGAGGUCAAACAUUGACUAAUGCUGUGUGCGUGAUAUUUCCAUGACUUUGGGGGGGGAGGGGGGGAACUAUACAGAGCUUAAAACACUUUCACUUUGUUUGUUUUUUUAACUGUACAAAAACCUUAUAUUGAACAAAUCACUGUGAUCAAUGCCAGAAAAAAAAAAUUUGUUUUUAUAUUCAUUUUUGUAUUAAGUUAGCUUUAUUUUUUUUCUAUCGUUUCCGCUUGUUGCAGAUGCCAGUUGGAGACUGUACUAUUUGUAAAAGUAAAUUGUUCUGAGCUGUACAGUACUGACCUAUAGGAGCAAGUUCAAUGUGAGUGUCCAGCAUGCUGAAUGAUUACUUGUGUGAACGUGGAGCAUCAUUCCUUACCCUUGCAUCGUGGCGGUGUGAUGUCAGUGUUUGAGAGUGAUGUGCGUCUCAUUUAACUGUGACCCCCACCCCAAUCCACCCUUUAGUAAACAGCCUGUUCAGAUUUGUGAGAGUGCAGCAUGUGUUUUGGGGUUGCUGGUGUAAAUGUUAUUCAGAAACACAGCGUGUGUGGGGGCAUUUAUUAUUUUAAGGCAAUGAGCGUGUGUGUGUGUGUGUGUGUGUGUGUGUGUGUG